CUAUUGUGUUUCAGCUUACAUAGUACUCCCCAAAGUCCAAACACUCGCAAAUCCUAAUGGCUCAACAAGUUUACGACCUUCCUUGUGAUGGUGAAGGCAUUUGCAUGGCUUGCAAGAACAAGCCCACGGCUGAGGAAUCUGUCACGUGCAAGACAUGUGCCACGCCGUGGCAUGUCACGUGCCUCUCUGUUCGUCCCAGCUCCUUAGCCGAUACUCUCCAAUGGGACUGCCCUGACUGUUCUCUGCUCUCUGCUACCCCGGUUCCUGUCUCCGACGCCGGAGAAUCGUCAAGUUCCGGCGGCCUUAUUGCCGCGAUUUGCGCAAUCGAGUCAGACUCGUCGUUGACUGAUCGUGAGAAAGCUAAGAGAAGGCAGCAGCUGCUGUGUAAAGACGCGGGACCGUCAGAUCAUAAGGAGGUGACUAACGGUGAUAACAACCUCUUCAGUAUUCUCGAUGGUCUUCUGAACUGUUCCUUCUGCAUGCAAUUACUGGAAAGACCUGUGUCGACUCCUUGUGGUCACAACUUCUGCCUGAAGUGUUUCACAAAAUGGAUAGGGCGAGGAAAACGCAAUUGUGCGAAUUGUCGCAAGCAAAUCCCACCGAAGAUGGCAAGACUUCCUCUGAUAAACUCUACACUUGUCACUGUCAUACGAAUGGCCAAGAUGGCAAAAGCCAAUGCUGCAGUUGGGCCGUCAAGGGAUUAUCCUGUUAUCCGUAACGAAGAUCGCCCGGAUAAGGCAUUUUCGACUGAACGAUCAGUAAAAUCGGGAAAUGCUAAUGCAGCUAGUGGAAAGAUAUUUGUGACUACACCUAUGGAUCAUUUUGGGCCAAUUCUCCCAGAAAAUGAUCCGAAGAGAAAUCAAGGUGUGCUGGUAGGGGAGACUUGGGCAAGUAGACUUGAGUGUAGGCAAUGGGGUGUACACAAUCCUCAUAUUUCAGGUAUUGCUGGGCAGUCGAAGCAUGGUGCCCAAUCAGUGACCCUCUCUGGAGGCUAUGAAGACGAUGAGGAUCAUGGCGAAUGGUUCCUAUACACAGGGAGUGGUGGAAGGGACCUUAGUGGCAAUAAACGCACAAACAAGGAACAUUCUUUUGAUCAGCAGUUUGAAAAUUCUAAUGAGGCAUUACGACUAAGUUGCCGGAUGGGUUAUCCUGUUCGUGUGGUGAGGUCUCACAAGGAGAAACGCUCUUCCUAUGCCCCUAAAGAUAGGUUACGUUAUGAUGGGAUUUACAGAGUUGAGAAAUGCUGGCGGAAAACUGGGAUUAAAGGAUUUAAGGUAUGUAGAUAUCUUUUUGUUAGAUGUGACAAUGAUCCUGCCCCAUGGACAAGUGAUGUUCAUGGAGACCGUCCAAGACCACUGCCCGUCAUUGAGGAGUUAAAUGUUGCGAUUGACAUAACUGAAAGGAAGGGAUCUCCAUCCUGGGACUAUGAUGAGGAAAAAGUUUGCUGGAUGUGGAAGAAACCUCCACCAUGUAGUAGAAAGCGGGCCAAUAAUGGACAUUCAGAAGAAGGGAAGAGAACGAAGAAAGUUAAACGGCAAGCACAAAAUAAGUCUGUAAAAGAGAAACUUCUAAAAGAGUGUAGCUGCUACAUUUGCAAGAAGGUGAUGACUUCUCCACUUACUACCCCUUGUGCUCAUAACUUCUGCAAAAGCUGCCUAGAGAGUGCCUUUGAUGGUCAAAGUUUCGUGAGACAGAGGACAUGUGAAGGCAGACGAACAUUACGAGCACAAAAGAACAUCAUGAAAUGCCCUUCGUGUUCAAAUGACAUAGCUGAGUUUCUUCAGAACCCCCAGGUUAACAGAGAACUGAUGGAGGUGAUAGAAUCACUACAACGCGAAAUUGCAAAGGAAAAUAAGGAGUCAAAAGAAGAAACUGAUGGCAUCCAUGAGAAUCCAAAAGGAGUCGAUGUGAGUAAUGAAAUUGUGGAGGAAGCCAAAGAAAAUAACUUGAAAGGUCAGAUUGAAAGUGAAAUCCAGCUAACAGAAAAGAUGAAAGAGACCAGUUGCAAAUGUACACAAAAACGUGGUAAAAAGAAGGGCAGCACAUCUUGUAAGCGACUUGAUGAUGGAAAAAAUGGCGUUGAUCCUUUGGAACCUGAAAAAGCUGCCAGUGAAGAAUUACAAGAUCCUAUUGCAGAGAGCAAAGUUUAACGGACCAUCAAGUU